AUGACUUUCAAUGUGACAUUUUGCAGCUUCAUUGGAAAUCCCUUAUUAUGUGGAAAUUGGAUUGGAUCUAUAUGUCGUUCUUAUGUUCCAAACUCGAGAGAGAAUUUUUCUAAAGUUGCAGUUGUAUGUCUCACUCUUGGUAUCAUCGUGUUAUUGGCUAUGGUAACUAUUGCUAUCUAUAGAUCCAUCCAAUCGAAGCAGCUGAUGAAAGGAUCUAGUAAGACUGUGCAAGUGCCUCCUAGACUUGUAAUUCUUCAUAUGGAUUUGGCAUUACACACUUUGGAUGAUAUAAUGAGAAGCACCGAGGAUCUCAGUGAGAUAUUUAUCGUAGGGUGUGGUGCCUCUAGUACUGUAUACAAGUGUGUGUUGAAAAACUCCCGACCGAUUGCAGUCAAGCGAUUGUACAAUCAGCAUCCACACAAUAUAAGGGAUUUUGAAACAGAACUUGAAACAAUUGGCAGCAUUAGACAUAGAAAUCUUGUCACCUUGCAUGGCUAUGCACUUACUCCUGACUGGGAAUCUCCUUUUCUAUGA